UUUAAAAGCCUCCGACUUGCACCUCGAAAUAAUGAGUGGAAUCCGAGUCUUAUGCAAAUCCUCUUCGUCUUCUCCAUUCUCUGUGUUUCCUUCUUCCUCUCCUUCUCUUCUUUCCGCUUCUCACAACAAAAUCCUCAGAACAUUUACUAACAAUUCAAAUUACCUUACCUCUAAACUCACCUUUUCCACUUCUUCUAACAAACCUAGAACAAUGGCCACUGAACCUUCAGCUUCUAACAAUGGUGUUCCUGAAGAAGAAUCAUCAUCUUCUUCUUCACCACCUGCUUCUUCUGCCAUUGAUUUUCUUACUCUUUGCCAUCGACUUAAGGCGACAAAGAGAACUGGAUGGAUAAAAAGAGAUAUAAAAGGCCCAGAAUCUAUAGCUGAUCAUAUGUACAGAAUGGGGGUUAUGGCUCUUAUUACUGCUGAUAUUCCUGGUGUCAACCGUGACAAGUGUGUUAAAAUGGCAAUUGUCCAUGAUAUAGCUGAAGCAAUUGUUGGGGAUAUUGCUCCUUGUGAUGGGGUACCAAAGGAGGAGAAGAGUCGAAGGGAGAGAGAAGCAAUAGAAAAAAUGUGUACGCUACUUGGUGGUGGAGACAGAGCAAAGGAGAUAAAUGAUUUGUGGAUGGAGUACGAAAAUAAUUCUACUCCAGAAGCCAAGGUUGUGAAAGACCUCGACAAGGUGGAAAUGAUUCUUCAAGCCUUGGAAUAUGAAAAUGAGCAAGGAAGGGAUCUGGAAGAAUUCUUUGUGUCAACUGCAGGGAAAUUCCAGACUGACUUGGGCAAAUCGUGGGCUGCAGAGAUAGCUUCAAGAAGGAAAAGGAAAGAAGAAAAGUAGACGUUGCAAUUUGUGUUGAAAAUCUUAUGAUCAGGGUUUAGUUGUACAAAUCUUUCUCUUGAUGUGCGUCAAAUUUUACUGUGAUGCACAAACCCUUCGUUUGAUAAUGUGAAGCAUUAAUUUCGCUCUUUCGCCAUUAAAUGUUUGAAGUAGAUUGGCAACUCCACGACAGUUGAUUCUACACCUUCUGAUA